UUGUGUAUUUGACAUCUGUGACAGUUGGUUGGUAAAAUAAAAUUUUAAUUUCAAGACAACAGUGGUAUAAUAUUGCAUGUGCUUACCAAUAUACGUAUAUACUUUAAUUAAUUUCAUUUAGAGAUAAUUCAAUGGAUAAUCCUAGUGAUGAUUUAUGUCCAGCGCCAAACGAAGAUGAUGAAUUGACAUUGCCUAGAGCAAGUAUAAAUAAAAUGAUAAAAGAGCUGGUGCCUUGUGUAAGAGUUGCAACCGAAAGUCGUGAGCUAAUAUUGAACUGUUGCACAGAGUUUAUUCAUCUAAUUAGUUCUGAAGCAAAUGAUGUGUGUAAUCAGCAUAAUAAGAAAACUAUUAGUGCAGAACAUGUACUUCUGGCUCUAGAUAGACUAGGUUUUAGUGAUUACAAAUUGGAAGCAGAAGCUGUAUUGAAAGAUUGUAAAGCAGUAGCAGCAAAAAGGCGCAGGCAGAGCACUAGACUUGAAAAUUUAGGAAUUCCAGAAGAAGAACUACUUCGCCAACAACAGGAACUUUUUGCGAGGGCAAGAGAAGAACAAGCUUUAGCUGAUCAAGUGCAAUGGCAAACAUUACAACAAGCCACAGCACAGCAAACUAUGGCAUCACAAGAUGAAGAUAGUGAUGAUUAUUAAUCUA